AUGGCUUCAGAAUCUACCCCGCAAUCCAUCCCACUGCCCUUGGCUUCACCACUAUCAAUUCCAGUGCUGGGUCUGGGAGUCUUCCAAUCUACCAAAACUCACUCUUCUGUCCUCUCUGCUCUAUCAGCUGGCUACCGCCAUCUUGACACCGCUCAAAUUUACUACAAUGAAGCUGCCACCGGUGCCGCUGUCACUGAAUUCCUGGCUAAAACUCCAUCGGUCUCUCGCUCUGAUAUCUUCAUCUGCUCAAAACUCUGGGAAGUUGAUCUAACCCUUCCCGGCAUGCCACCUGAUUUCGAAUCAAUGGCACAUCCAAACCCAAACGGUGGAGGUUCUUGGAAAACCACCGUUGCAAGACUAGGGUUGACCUCUUACACUAAAGAAGGAGCAAUCGAUGGGUUUAAUCGAUCGCUCGCGGCCAUGGGGCCCGGAAUCGAUUAUAUCGAUCUCUACUUAAUACAUAACCCUCGUCCGGGUCCAACAGCACGUCUACAAGCUUGGUUGGGCCUCCAGGAGAUUGUCAAAUCCGGCAAGGCCAAGUCAAUCGGUGUGAGCAAUUGGUCAAAGCACCAUAUUGAGGAGUUAAUUGCCAACAAAGAGGUUGAUAUUACCCCCGCGGUCAACCAAAUCGAGUUCCAUCCUUGGUGUCAACAUAAAGCGCUGGUAGAAUACUGUCAACAAAAGGGAAUUGUAGUCGUUGCGUACUCGCCAUUGACACAGGGAACGAGAUUGAAGGACCCCGUUAUUUUGGAUAUUGCGGGGAAAUAUGGGAAGACGGCUGCACAGGUUGUUCUCAGGUGGUGUCUACAAAGAGGUGUGGUUAUCAUUCCAAAGUCGGACAAGGAAGAAAGGAUCAAGGAGAACAGUCAGUUGUGGGGAUGGGAACUGGCAGAGGAAGAUAUGGAUAGGAUUACAGCUUUGGAUGAGGGGAUCAGCGGCAAACUAGGGGAAUGGGACCCUGAUGCCUGGGAGUAG